GGUCACAGCCAAAGAUAGACCCAGCUUGGUCAAGUGCCCCUCACACUCACACAUUGUUCUGUGUCCAGCUGUGCCUUGUUCUUCUGUGGGCUGAGAUGACGACAGAAACGAGCGAGGGGGUGGAGAGAGAGAGAGAGAGAGAGAGAGAGAGAGAGAGAGAGAGAGGCUGAUUCAGAUUCAGAGCAGUACGCUCAUUCUGUCUUUAACAUCUCACUGUGGUAUCAAUGUAUGAAGCCUGAGGUAAAACAAUUUCAAUUACAUUUUGUUUGAUUAACAUGUCUUUUCCUACAUCUGUCAUAUUUUUCUCUAUUGUGAUUUGGUCUUUAUGUAUUCAACACUUGACCCCUUUCUGCUGUUGACUGCUGUGGAAUGUGUGAGUUGACAGCAGUCAGUGAGGGGGGCUGAUAAUGACUGUUAUUACGUAGAGUGCUUUUAUAAGUAAACAAAAAAAUCAUUCUGGGAUCCAAAGGACAGCUGCUAAGACAAAGAUGUCAAGUGUUUACAUUCUGUCAAGAGUAGUUAAACUACAAAAGGAGCGCUUUUAGCUGUUCGCCUGAAGAUAUUUGCACAGUGAGCCUUGUAAGCAAAACCUGCCCUUGUAAGAUGACUCUCUGUGUACCUUUUAAUGUGAGAGAAUAUGCCUGAAUAGAAAAUCCACAUCCCAAGAUGCAGUGGUGCAGGUGGGCCGGUGGUUGGAGAUCACACCUACCAAGACAGUCUGCAGGGCCGGAGAUUGAAGACUCUUUCGACUUUCUUUUUAAAAUCAUCCUGGUUGGGGACUCAGAUGUGGGGAAGACCUGUGUUGUUCAGAGCUUCAAGUCUGGAAUAUUCAUUGAGAAACAGCAAAACACCAUCGGGGUUGACUUUACUGUUCGUACCCUGGAUAUUGAUGGCAAGAAGGUGAAGAUGCAGGUGUGGGACACAGCAGGACAGGAGCGUUUCCGCACCAUAACUCAGAGUUACUACCGCAGUGCCCAUGGGGCGAUGGUGGCCUAUGACAUCACACGCCGCACCACGUUUGAAUCUGUUCCCCACUGGGUCAGGGAGGUGGAGCAGUUUGGAGCUGCCAGUGUGGUACUGAUACUUAUUGGUAAUAAGUCAGACCUCCAUGCUCAGAGGCAGGUGUUGUUCGAGGAUGCGUGCACUCUGGCGGAAAACAACGGUGUGCUGGCAGCUCUGGAGACGUCAGCCAAGGAGGCCCAGAACGUGGAGGCAGCCUUUAUCCUCAUGGCCCGGGAGCUGCUAGCACGUAACGGCAUGACCAUCAUAGACGAAGCCUCCCAAGAUUCACCUCAGUUCAUGCUGAACAACAGCUCACACCCAGUUCACAGCAUCGAGUCCUCAGAUAAAAAGUGUAGCUGCUGAGUGAACUGAAGCAACAACUGUAAAAGUGUGUUUGACCAGGGAAGGUGGUUAUUUACAUAGGCUUAGUUAUAGGAUAAAAUAUUGUAUUGUGUGUGUGUGAAUAUAACUUUUGUAUUUGUUUUGACUUUUAAUAUUUAUAUUGUCAGUAGACUCAGUGUAACAAAGAUUUUACAUGGCGGUUGAUGUAGUUUGUAAUAUUCAUCGUUCUGAGGGUAACUGUUGGUGAAUGUGAUAAUGACUCAUUGAAGCAUUACAAACCACACCUCUGUACUCUACAAUAUACAGAAUAUUUCCACUGAACAAACAUUUGUAUCUCACAUUCGUUUAAUUGUUCUUUCAUACAGUAUGGCUUUUACAUUACAUUACCAGAGUUCCACAGUUUUCAUUUUCAUUUAAAUCACCUACAAACGAUACCUCGUUAUACCUGUCAGUUACAAAUAUAACGAGCAAACAUAACAAACGAGUACCUCAUGAAAUUUUACUGGUGCCGCAAAUUAAAUAUUUUCUCCCACAGAAGCCUUGUAAUACAUACACAUGAACCAUUUGUUAAAAUGUUUCCACAUCGCAGUAAAAUAGCACCUUUUUGAUUUCUGAUACUUCAUUUAACUCUGACAAUCUUACAAAAUGAGACUACAUUUCUUUCAAAAAAACAAACAAACAAACAAAAA